AUGGUUACUACCAAUCAGGUAGCGAAAAUGAUGAACCUUUUCAAUAUGUAUUCGAAAGGAUCCGACACAAUGUCUACGGUCCAUGUGGGCGAUCUGAUCAGGGAGAUGGGACUCGCACCUUCCAACAAGGAAAUAAGCAAGUUUAAGGACAAAACUGGAGAAAAAUGCACAAUUGAUGAUAUUAAGGAGUUCUGCAACGAAGUAGAGCAUCCCGAAGAUACAAAGGAAAACCUCAUUGAGUUAUUCAAAUUCUUCGAUCCAAAUAAUACUGGGAAUAUCAAAAAGAAGAUAUUGGUUAAAAUACUUUCAUCAGUUGGUGAACCGCUAAGUCCUGCUGAGAAUGGAGAUUUUUUGCAAAAUUAUUGUGAUAAUAGCGAAGAUGUCGACUAUUCCAAGGUGCUGGAUAAGCUAUUGGGCUAA